AUGAUCGAAGGAAUUGCCGUUGUCCAAAACUCCAACAUGAACAAAGCUAUAACUAUAGAAUUCAAAUCAGAUCCAGUACUCGUACGACCUCAGACAAAGGAUUGCACAUUCCUAGCGAAUUCUAAUCGGGAACAAAUCCAGAAACUUAUAGCGGAGAGAAAUGAGACGACCAACACCACGGCGUCGUCUUACGGCGGCGCGGAGGCGGAGGAAGACGAUGAAGUCAAAUGA